AGCGACGAACCUAGAUACUAUAUCAGAUACCCACUGAUGAUUUAAUCCCCAUAUCACGGAUCCUAUCUUCCCACUUUUGAUACCGGUAUUUGCGGUGUGGAUAGCGCUAGGGAACGCGUACUGUACAAUCCGCCCCACCUUCCGUCAUUUACCCAACCACAGCUGCACUUUCCACCCUCGAUUCCAAACCCAAAUGGCACCCUCAGGAAUCUGCAUAUCCUGCCACGAGGCGCUCACAAUCCCAGACGAAGACCACCCUCUGGAACCCGGCCUCGUCGGCGACGUAGAAUUACGCUGCGGGCAUCAUUAUCACUGGUCCUGCUUCGCAGAGGAAUACUCCGCCGAUGGCGCCACCCCCGCGACCAAAGCGCAGUGCCCAACUUGCACGCAUGACAUAACCACGAAUGGAAAACUCCUAGUCACGCUACGGAACGAAGGUGGCGAGCAGCCAGACACCGAUAUCGGAACGCUGCUCGAGGAAGAAGAGUUUUAUGGUCGGAAUCCGGAGAUGAAGGAGGUUAGGGCUUUUCUCGAGUUUUGCGCUGAAGGUGACGAGGGUGAGGUUCGGGAAAUGCUCGCGGCGACGCCAGAACUUGUUAGUCGACAGGAUCAUGAAACGGGGCAGACGGGGCUGCACGUUGCAGUUAUGAAUGGGCGGGAGGAGGUUAUCAGGGUUUUGUUCAAGCACAACGUUGAUCGGCUUGUUACGGAUGCGGCUGGGAAGACGGCGUACCAGCUUGCGGUCGAUAUGGGGGCUACAAGGGAGCAGUUGAGGAUGCUUUGUGACCGGUGAUUUAGGGGGGGGGUAUGUAUAUUAUGGGAAUUGAGUUUGGGUAUGAUAUGGUGGUUGGUGGGGUUGUUUGGCGCGGGGGCGGUGAUAUUGCUUACUACAGGACUACGGUACUUGUGUCGAGGGUUUCCCCCUAACCUUGGC